GUAAAGUGUUACGGUCUUUGAAAGAUAGAGAGAAACCGCCGUGAAACACUUGUAAGAUGGCAGAGCGGGGCAGGAUGGUGAGGGUGAGUGGUCUGCCCACAGACAUUGAGGAAGACAGACUGAAAGACAAGCUAAUUAUCCACUUCCUGAGGGUCAAGAAUGGAGGAGGGGAAAUAGACUUUGUCACUAUUGUCAAGGCGACACCCUUUUCGGCCCUCAUCACCUUCGAGGACAGUGAAGUGGCACAGAGAGUUAUUCAACAGAGCAAGCACAUUCUGGAAGUGGAUGGGAAGAAGUAUGAACUCGUUGUAACUGAGCAUCAUGAACACCUGGACCCAGACAAGGUCAUCUUAAAUUUGUCAGCGACUGUUGCCUACAGCCAGCUUCCCGGGGGAGUAUUGGCAUUGAAGAGCCUUCAUACGACCCACCCUGACGUCCAGAUAAACCAUGAUGCAGAGGAAUUCUGUACAUUGUGUGGCGCCUACUCUAAGGUUCAGGCUGCCUUGGCUCAAUUGCUUGGCCAUCCUGGGUGCCCACAAUCAGAGGAAAACAAAGAGUCGGGGCAACCUGCCCCCAGUGGCUCCAGGUCUGUUCAGACAACAAAGAAGUCUCAUACUCAGGAGUCAGAAGAUCAGAGCAGAAAACCCAAUAAGCAAAGAGAACAAAGCAAGAAAGUCCACCUUAGCAGGCCGUUCGAUGAGUACAACUCGAGCUCAUAUAGAGACCUGACACCAAGUGGUUAUAACUGGGAAGAUACUGGCCAGACAGAGGGUGCAGAUCUGCAGUUUCCUGGGCAUCCUACCACAUCAGAGGAGGACUUCUCACUUAUUGUGGAUGCAGACAUGUUCCAGUAUCUGCAGAAACACUGUGGGAAAGAAUACCAGCAUAUCCUUAGUCAGUAUGGUGUUGGGGUGGUGGAUAUGACAAACCAGGGGUUGACUACUCUGUAUCUGCAGGUUACAACAGGAGAGGCAGAGGGUGGUCAAGAGCAGGAACGCCUGGUGUUGGCAAAAAAGGCAAUAAGUGGGCUUUACCAAGAGAAUGAGACCAAGAUCCGUCGAGCUCAGCUCCCGAAGUGUAUCCUGUCCCCCAGGGGAGGACUGCAAAGGGCGAGAGAGAACUUAAAUGUCAGACUUCCUAAGCUUCUUCUGAGUGAGGAUGACAGAAAUAUUUAUAUUAUUGGGAGCAGUAGUGACGUGUCUGAAGCAAAGCAAUUCCUUCUCCUGGACCAAGACAAACUGAGGGAUAAAAAAGAGGAUGUAGCCAGUCUUCGUAGAUAUCCUUCAUAUGAUUCAAGUUCAUUAACUCCUACUGAUGAGGUGAGAGUCCCCUUCACCAGGUCCACCACUGAAGGGUCUCUGGAUGAUAGGAUAGAUCAGCUGCUGAGGUCAGGGGAUGAGGAGAGGAGAACUGAUGGAGCCAAAAGGUAUAAACUAGCAGCUCGGUUUAAGGAUACAGGGCUGUCUGCAUUAGGUAGUCGACCAACUGACUUCACUUUACGAGGGCUCUCAUCUCCCAGUAGACAAACGCGCCCUGGGCCAAUGUUGGGGCACGACGUCCUGUCAGAAACAGCAGGGAUUUCUGGUGAAAGAUUCCCCAGAGCAGAAUCCCAAAACACCGGAGAGGAUAUCUUGUUUAAAGGUGGAGAUGCUUUGCAUUCAUUUACCUCUACGCAGAAUAAAACCCCAUUGACUUCAAAUUUAAUGGAUACUCGACCAAAGAGUUUAACAUCCCCCCUCAGCACUACUCAGUCCAGUUUGUCAGGAAGUACUACACUUCCACGUGCAGGGUCUGGAUCCACCUUGAGGCGAGCCAAUAGUUUCUCAGGAACACCUCAGCAGAAGGCUCAGGUUAUUAGUCAGAAAAGUCACGACGACUCCAGCAAGUCCACAGUCAGAGCCAGGGGCAGUUCUUCUAGCUUCAGUACCCAAACAGUGAGGGACAAGCGGGAAGUCUGUAAUGCAGAGAUAACAGUUUCCUUGGUGAUGUGGCAGCACAUAAAAAAAGCCUACAGCACCCGAGUGGACGACCUGACUUCUGAUGUCCAGAUGAAAGAGGGCCACCCAGAAAGCAGUGGUGAUCUUACUGUCACCAUAAGAGGGGCGAACUCGUCCAAAGUAAGUUCAUGUCAGCAAGGUCUACAGAAGCUGGUUGACUCGGUUUGUGUGGACUUCUCUGUGCAGGAGCUGCUCUUGUCAGCGCUGGGUGUUACUGAUCCAGCUGAUGAAACUUUACAGGCUUGUUGCACUGAAGUCCGUAGCCGCUUCAAGAAGGUUACUAUCCAGAUUUUAAAGAAGAGCUUAUUUCUUUUUGGUCCAAAACAGUUGUGUUCUAAGGUACGUGCUACACUGCAGGAGGUGUUUUCUGGAGAUUUGGCCCAAAUACCUGAACAACAGGUCAUCUCUAGCCCCUCUACCUCCAACUGGAAUCCGUCCACUUCUUCACAAAUGAAUGAGGAGCAAAGCACUAGUCUGCACUGUAACAGUAAUCCUCAGGGGAGGCUAGAGAGCCAAACAGGCAAAGGCGACGGGACAGCUGGUGGACAGGAAAGGAGAACAAGCCAGAUGAGUGACUUUUGUGAGGCAGAGCUUGUGAACGGAUCAGUUAGCCAGCCAUUAGUGAGGAAAGAGCCUGUCAUUAAGGAGAAAGUGAAAAUUAUAGGUACAGUGGAGAUGGAUGGAUUGAAAAUUGAGACACUUGUCAACCACUCUACAGCAGGAAAUAAUAGAAAUGUGACAUGUGUGAAUGGUGUCGGGUCAACAACAGCCCGUACUGAUGAAGCCACGGCCCUUCAUAAGAAAGAGAGAACCAUGCAUUCAACCCAAAAGCAGAGUGUACAGCAAAGACAAGGAGAGAUCCAGGAUAUCCCAGAGGAGUCCAGGGUAGGUCAGGGAAACCUGGGCUGCAUCUGUGUGUGUGGGGACAAUGGGAUGUCAGUGACGAGAACUAAGUGUGGGAUCUCCAUGUGCUCAAAAUGCCUGGACACCGUGCACGUCCACUGCAAAAACUGUUACAAGACAGCUCCGACUCUCCCAGGUGUCCGGGGCAAAAUUAGAUGCUCUAAACUAGACAUCAGGGUACCUGGUUACAAGAGGGAAUCUGCUUUCAAGAUCACUUACAACAUUCCUGAUGGCAUCCAAGGGAUGGAUCACCCAUCUCCAGGAAAACCAUUUAAAGGAGGACAGUUUGAAGCCUUCCUCCCUGACUGCGAGAUGACGAGGAAUCUCCUGCCCAGGUUGGAGAAAGCCUUCAGGCAGGGACUCACCUUCACAGUGACAGGCAAAGAGGCAGGGGCCAAGGUCACCUGGGACUGCAUCCCACACAAGACCAGCCUACAGGGAGGCAAAUCAGGGAACGGUUACCCAGAUUCCACUUACUUGAGUCGCUUGUCUCAGGUCUUGACCUCCCAUGGGAUCCAAGAGCCACCAACCAAAUCUUAAGAAUAUAAAAAAGUUCUCAUCUACUUUUAUACUCUUAAUUAAUUUGUGAUGUUUGAUGAUGUAUAUAGAAAUGUAGAUCUUUUUUUUUUUUUACAUAAUAGAGAUAGUUCUAAUUGCAGCUAUUUUGGAUUUUUUAAAAUUUUAUAACCUGCCUCACCGUUGCUUUCUUUUAGAUAGACAGACGAGUUAUAAUUUUUCAUUUGUGACAAAUGAGACCAACCAUCACAUCUUCAUUAUUUCAAUAACAUUCCUGAAAACAGCUUGUUUUGUAAAGAUGCUUUUUGUACAGUAUAGUGUGUAUAUUACUGUAUAGAUAUAGAUUUUGUACGGUCCUGUUUUGGUUUUAAGAAAAGUAAGGAAACAGGAAGAAGAUAUUUGUAAAAUGAAUGAGUUUGUAAAAAUCUCUCGAGUUUUUUCAGAAUGGGCACGGAAA